AUGGCCGCGAAAUCUGAUGGUGCACCCGUCUCUCUACGAAACGAAAUCCCACCCGAGUGUCCUCCCAGGUCGGACCCGCGGCCUCCCCAGCGCCUUCCCCCCGAGCAGCGCUACACUCUCUCGGACUGCUGCUGGACGCUCUGCGCCCUUUUGGUCUUCUUCUCGGACGGGGCCUCAGACCUGUGGCUGGCCGCGGACUACUACCUAAGAAGGCACUACUGGUACUUUGCACUGACUCUGGUCUUUGUGAUAGUCCCGUCUUUGGUCGUGCAAGUGCUGAGUUUCCGAUGGUUCGCCUACGAUUUCGUGGAGACGGCGGAGAGCGGCACGGCUGCGGCGGCCGUGGUGGCAGCGUCGGGAGCGGAGGAGAGCGACUUCAGCACCAAGGACAGCGGCGAGCGGGGCGCUGGCCGCACCGCCGCGGCCGGGGUGCUGCCUGGGCCGGGCACCGGGGGAGGAGCCCGGGGCUGCUGCAGGGUCUUCAUGUGGCUUUUCCAGGCCAUCAUUCACAUCUUUCAGCUGGCACAGGUCUGGAGGUACGUCCACGCUCUGUAUCUGGGCGUGCAGAGCCGCUGGCACAGAGAUGCGGAGCGCCGUCACUACUACUGGCGCAUGAUGUUCGAAAGCGCUGAUAUCAGCAUGCUGCGUCUGCUGGAGUCCUUCCUGAAGAGCGCCCCUCAGCUGGUGCUGCAGCUCAGCAUCAUGAUCCAGGCCAGACAGGUGUUCCCCCUCCAGGGACUUUCAGCUUCUGCCUCGCUGAUUUCCCUCGCCUGGAUGAUCGCCUCCUAUCAGAAGGUCCUGCGGGACUCCCGAGAUGAUAAGCUACCAAUGACCUACAAGGCGGUCAUCAUUCAGAUUCUGUGGCAUCUUUUCACCAUCGGCGCCCGCACUCUGGCCUUCGCCCUGUUCGCCUCCGUGUUCCAGCUUUACUUUGGUAUCUUCAUCGUUGCUCACUGGUGCAUCAUGACGUUCUGGAUCAUUCAGGGUGAAACAGACUUCUGCAUGUCCAAAUGGGAGGAGAUCAUCUAUAACAUGAUGGUGGGCAUCGUCUACGUGUUCUGCUGGUUCAGUGUGAGGGAGGGCCGCACUCGCUGCAGGAUGCUCAUCUACAGCCUGACUGUGUUUGCAGAGAAUGUGGCACUCACCACAGUCUGGUACCUUUACCGCGGCCCCCGUACCUCAGACUUCUACGCCGUCAUCAUGGUGUGCGUGGUGGCCAGCAGCUACGCUCUGGGCACCUUCUUCAUGUUUGUGUAUUACUGUCUGCUGCACCCUGACGGCCCAGUCUCAGGGUGGGGUUACAUUGUAGAGAAGGAGGUUCCUGUGGAGGCGCUGGUCUCACCGGCUUCCAGCCUCCCUCCUGAUGUGGUCAGCAGCCCCCCCAGGACCCUUCAGAGAACUAAAGGGUCUGACAGGGAGCAGGGGCCGGGGAUGGAUGGAGAUGUGUUUCAGGUACGACCGCCUCGGGGAGCUCAGGCUCCGAUGACCAACCUCACACCAAGAACUGAGGGGCCUGUCAUUCGGAUAGACCUUCCAAGGAAGAAGUACCCAGCCUGGGAUGCUCACUUCAUCGACCGCCGGUUGCGCAAAACCAUCCUGGUGCUGGAAAGCGCCGCCCCGGUCACGCCAAGGAUCCAGUACCGCUGCCUGGGCACACCCAAAGAAGUAAUGGAGUACGAGACCACCGUGUGAUGCAUUGACGGUGCUGUGACUCAGCUCGCUGCCGUGUGGACACCCUGCCUGAAAUAAAACGGGCAGGUGGAUGACUCCCACCGAGCAGUCUGUUUCAGCUCCACGCCCACUUGAUUGCUCUCUGUACUGCGAGGCUGUGGAGACAAACAGGCGGAGAAAGAGACAGAGUGUGGUGUCUUUGUUUUUCUUUUUUUACAAAAGGCAAAGUGCUGUGAUGUUGUCUAAUGAUGGUGCAUAUUUUGGUUUCUGUAUCAUUUCUCAGGUCAGGUUGUGGUACAGGACGAGGUCGAUGUUAGCGGCAAAGCUCGCUGUUGUGUGAACUUAGAGAGAAGCACAGAAAGGCAGACGGAUAGAGCUGCACAAUUAUCAAUCAGAGGCACAAAGUCCUCCUCAGUGAAGGUGCUUCAGCACAUCCUCUUCAGGGGGGUCGACCACAGAGACGAGCCUUCAACAUGCAUGAUUACUUAUGGCAGCUAGAAAUGAAACAUCAUGAAAACAUGUAGAAGAAUAAGGGGCAUUUAAAGAUUUUAACUCACCUACAAUAAAAAAAGCACAUAAAGUUAAAAUCAAUUUUCCAUAUCUACUCACUCAUGUUGAAGGAGUCUCUGAGAAUGCUGCUUCAGGUCUACAUGGCGGUUCAAAAGCAACAUUUGAGUUGAAUGUACAAACAGUUGAAAAUGUGAUUAUUUGUGACAAGGCUUCAAGCAUUUUCACCCUGUUAGAGGGAUUUACAACAUUCCUGUGGUACUAUUUGUUUCUGAGGUAAGCUAGAACAAAAAAAAAAGAGAUUUGUGUGUGUUUACAAGCAGCCUGUUGUUUUUAGAGACGUGAUCACAAUUCAGAUCAAAUACAUCCUCAUCAGAAUGUGUACGUACUGGAAAAUAGCUACAUUAUGAUUUUCAUUUACAUUUUUAGGAUGCUGAUAGGACUCUUGACAGUUGUAUUUUCAUACUGCGCCCAUUUUUCACAUUAAAAGAAACAGGACAGACAAGAGUCUUCAUGUGAAAUAACUGUACAAUUAAGGAGUAUUUUCAGAGGACAGCACUGUCUGUUACUGUACUGUGUCCAUAUGAUGUUGUCUGAAAAAUUUAUAAAGGGGAAAAAAAAGUUAAACUGCAAACUCCAAACAGCUUUGGUACUGAUGAUAGUAAGGGCGUGUCGUUGUCUUGGCAACACUACA